CGGAGAGUAACGACUGUGCAUACAAAUAAAUGCAUAAUAUUUUUAUUCACAUAUAUAUAUAUGUUGGAUAGUUCGAACUAUAUAUAAAGCUUCUUAUUUCAAUAAGCAAAUCAUACCGAAGUCAGCUUUCAAGCAGUACAAUCAUUAAAUUGUCAACAAAUCAAAGUAAACAUGAGGAAAUAUAGUGGUGCCUUAAUUUUAAUGGCACUUUUUGCCUUUGCCGUUUUGGCAUGUCAGGCAGAACCAGGAAAACCGGGGAAUAUGCCUAGACCUCGUCCGAUACCAAUUAGACCUAGACCACCACAUCCGCGUCUUCGCCGAGAAGCUGGUGAAGAAAUUGAAGAGAUAGAAAACAUUGAAGAGGCAGAAGAAUACUUGACUCCCUUGGAGCGCGUUCGACGAGAGCCAGGAAAACCGGGAAAUAUGCCUAAACCUCGUCCAAUUCCAAUUAAACCAAGACCACCACACCCACGUCUUCGUCGUGAAGCUGAAGACGAAGAAAUUGAAGAAUUGGAAAGUUUUGUAGAGGAAAGUGAACCAUUGGAGCGUGUUCGACGAGCGCCAGGAAAACCAGGAAACAUGCCUAGACCUCGUCCCAUACCAAUUAGACCUAGACCACCACAUCCACGUCUUCGUCGUGAAGCUGAAGACGAAGAAAUUGAAGAAUUGGAAAGUUUUGUAGAGGACAGUGAACCAUUGGAGCGUGUUCGACGAGAGCCAGGAAAACCAGGAAAUAUGCCUAGACCUCGUCCGAUACCAAUUAGACCUAGACCACCACAUCCGCGUCUUCGUCGUGAAGCCGAAGAAGAUGAAGAUUUGGAAAGUUUCAUCGAGGAAGAAGAAUCUCUACUUCCAUUAGAGCGUGUUCGACGGGAACCAAACAGUCCAAAUCCAGUUCUUAACCAUGGACAUUUGGGAACUAUGCCUGUACCUCGUCCAUUCCCAAAUAAGCGUCAAGGCCGUGAUGUUGCACAAGAAGAAGAAGUAGUUGCAGAAGAAUCCUUAAGUCCAUUGGAGCGUGUUCGACGAGAGCCAGGAAAACCAGGAAACAUGCCUAAACCUCGUCCAAUUCCAAUUAAGCCAAGACCACCACAUCCCCGUCUAUAAUUUGUGGACCAUCCCAGUUUUUGAAUGUAUUUAAAAAUCUGUAUUAUGUAAAUUUUAAUCUGCGUUACAUUUUUAUACACUUUUAGAAGGAAUAAUUUUAAUAAUUACGUAUUCUAAUUAUUGUUAGUAUUUAUUACUACAUUUAUAGAAGAAUAUUAAUUAUGUAUUCGAUACAUAUAAAAAUAUCAACAUCAAAUUCUGUAAUAUACGCAAAUUUUUGUUAAACUCGAUUUGAAAUAAAAUAAUAUUUUUUAGAAAUAA